UGUAUGCGCCUGCGUUUAUAUACGACGGGUUUCCUACGUCGAUACGGGUACCUACCUUGUGCGUAAUAGGGAAGUUCUUGAUAUGUAUGUAUGUAUGUAUGUAUGUAUGUAUGUAUGUAUGUAUGGAAGUUGGGCUAGUUACAUACCUCAUAGCGGCGGUGACUAUGACGAUCGUUUGGACCCCGGUAUGUACAUAUGUACACACUACUCGCGAUCGUUUGACCUAAUAUUACCUAGCUCGAUCUGCUCUCGGUUAGGUAUGUACUGGCGGAGGUUUGUUUCUUCGGCUCAAGCACACGUGCAGUCGAUCGCGUCGUGGCUGGAUAUACAUAUUCCGUACAUACAUACCCAAGAUACGACGCGGAAGCCCGAGCGUACGGACUCACCGCCUCCUCCUUCUGUAUUUUGUUCUUUCGACCCUUUAUUUCCUUCUUUCCUUGUUCUCUGGCCUAGCCAGGCCAGGGAGAUGGGAGAUGGGAGAUUUGGGGGCCGUCGAGGCGCAGGGUAAGGUAAGGGUCUUCUGGGCCGAGAUUUUGUUCUUGCUGGUUCGUCGGGUAUUGCGGGAGUAUGUAGUGUGUGUACAUGGCUUGCUGGGUAGGUCGCUGGGUAGGUCGCUGGGUAUGGUUUCUUAUUACGAUGGAGUAAAUCAUACCCGACACGUGGGAGCCUGGACCAUUCAAGCAGACUCGAGAACUACUACAUAUGUAAAUCCUCCGGGUUUUGUAGAUUUUUGUAUUGGUUAUUUCCGUACGAGCUACACUAGGUCGGUCGAAAUGCUGUGUAUGAGCUAUCUCGUAUCUAUCAGCCUGUGAGGGGACAUUCAUUCACGGGUUUAAGAUGCCGAAUAGUUACAUUAUAAGAGUUGGAAGGGAUAUGAUGUCCUCAUCGUUGAUUCCUCUACGUAGCUGUCCGUGUCCCCGGCUCCUGAUAUCUCGGUUAACCCUGGUAGGCCUUCGUUUCCCUGCUACCGGUACUCCAUACGAACACCCCUUUCGACAAAUGAUACCCUUAAAAGCGGCAAUACGGCUGGUAUCGCUGCAUUCCUGCAUCAUAAUCAUCAUCACAUAUAAGCCAACCCAGAUGCAGAUGAUAUCUGACACAAACGCAUCCAAGGCUGCCAGACUAGGUGUUAAGAUAAGAGCUAUGGAUAUUGUUAUAUUAUUGUAUUAUUGUAUUAUUAUAUUAGAACAUAUUAUAUUAGAGCAUAUAAUAUUAGAGCAUAUAAUAUUAAAGCAUAUACC